GUUUAUCUGCGCAAUUAUUGCUGCCACCGCUUAUUACAUCCCAUAUAUAAACCAUCUUAUUUCUAUACAUCGCCCCUUUCCUCUCCGCCAUCGUCUUCUCCUCUCUGUCACAACACAAUACAAGUUCCCGACGAGAUCAGUUACUAACCAGCUUCAUAUCCUGACCAAGAUCAGAUCCUGAUAUCUCCAUCAAAACCUGACGUAUAAACACCUGUCAGAUCCUGAUCAGUCUUGCUAUCGAAUCCUGAUCAUAAUUGAAUCAGAAAAGACGAGAAGAAGCUAAUCCGCUGCAAUAUGGAACUCAAUACCAUCAAAGAUGCAUUUGAUCGUGUUGUGAAGAAGCAAAAACUCUCCUCUUCCAAAUCUCAAGAUAUGAUUGAGCGAGUGAGCCAAGAAAUCGAACAGGCAUUAUCAAGAAUGCAAUCUGUAGUUGGCACAACUUCCCAACCUGAUCAUAAAGUAGUUCUUGCUGAAGUAAAAACAAAACUAAAAGAGAUGUCCCCACUGAGUCAGCUGGACAACCCACAGAAGGAACUAAGCGUUGCUCUGAACAAAUAUCCUAAGAUCCUUGAGAAAUCCUUUAAUCCUGAUAUUUCUAAAGCAUACAGAAAUGUUGAUUUUGAUGUUCACACGGUCAAUCAGAUACUAGCAAGCCAUUUCUAUAGGGAAGGCCUAUUUGAUAUAGGUGAUUGCUUCAUCGAGGAAGCACAGGAACCAGAAUAUGCUGAUAAGAAAUCUCCUUUCCUUGAGUUGUUUAGGAUACUUGAAGCAAUGAAAUCUGGAGAAUUAGAACCUGCUUUGGAAUGGGCCGCAACCAACCGAGAAAAACUUGAUCAAAGUGGAUCAAACAUUGAAAUACAGCUUCGUCGCUUGCAGUUUAUCGAUAUUCUGCAGAAGAAAGGCAGAGAUGAAGCUUUAAAAUAUUGCAGAAAAUAUAUGACACCAUGUGCACAUCUCUGUAUGCCAGAUAUCCAAAAGCUCAUGGCAUGUCUGUUAUGGGCUGGCAGGCUUGAAUCCUCCCCAUACUAUGAUCUUUUCGCACCCCACCAUGCGGAAAAGUUAGCUGAAGAGCUGGCCCAACAGUACUGCAAGCUUUUGGGAGAAUCAUAUGAGAGUCCAUUGAGCACUACAAUAGCAGCCGGUGUUCAAGGUUUGCCAACUCUCCUAAAGCUGAUGAAUGUUAUGACAGGUAGGAAGCAGGAAUGGCAAAAUAUGAAGCACUUGCCUGUGCCAGUGGAUCUUGACAAGGAGCUUCAGUUUCAUUCCAUUUUUGUAUGUCCAGUAAGCCGGGACCAGGCCAGUGAAGAGAACCCGCCAAUGUUGUUAUCAUGUGGACAUGUGCUGUGCAAGCAGUCUAUCACAAAGCUGUCAAAGAAUAACAGCACUCGGCCAUUCAAGUGCCCGUACUGCCCGACUGAGGUUGAAGUAGCUCAUUGCAGACAGCUGCAUUUCUGAUGUACAAAGACCUGUACUCCUCUUGCCAAACUACCCUCCCCAAUCCCCAUCCCACGUAAUUUAUCGACUUCUAGUUUCACUAUGGUUUAUUUGUUGUUUUUAGUCUGUUGGCGAACCUGGUGGUAAGUUCCUGCUCUGUAUACCUUAAUAUGUAUAGAAUUUCCUUGCAUCUCCCUCUCAAACUUUGUAAAUUUUCACGCAUCAUUCUCUCAAAUUUGUAAACUUACAAAUAUUAAAUUUUCAUGCAUCUCUCUCUCAAAAUUAUCAACUUACUUUA